UGAAUAGAGAAUAGAGCAUAGAGAGUAGACAGUGCACUAAAUUAAGAACCCCCCAACCCCUACCCAUCUGGAUGACUUCCUUUACCAAUGGUCUCUCUUAUUUGAUGAUAGCUGGCCACUCUCAGCAUUUAAAGGGCCAACUACCCCAACUGUAUACUAUUAAUGCACCCCAUGUUCUUAUUCUCCUCCCCUUCCACAAAACCCAUCUAAAAUGAUCUCUCUCAAAUCCUAAAAACUCAAAACCCAAAAGAUGUACCAAAAGAUGAAAGAAAACAAGAAUGAGCAUGUCCUAAACCUAAACCAAAACCAAAACCAAGACCAUGAUCAAGACCAAGAACAGGACCAAAACCAUAUCCCCACCAAUGACAUGAAACGAAAGAGAAAACGCCGAUGUCUCAUGGCAUUAGGUAUACCACUAAUCUUGAUCUUCCUGCUAUUCAUCAUUAUCUUGAUAUUAGCCCUGACCGUGUUUAAGACGAAAUCACCAAACACCAAGCUCGUCUCCGCCUCUCUUGACGGCGUUGCUCCUAGUGUCUCAUUACCUGCCGCUCAGAUUGAACUCAACAUCACCAUUGACAUUAAGAUCCUUGUCAAGAACCCAAACCACGUCAGCUUCAAGCACGGCCAAGGCAAGAGUUACUUGUUAUAUCAAGGAAAUCAGGUGGGAGAGGCUGAUAUAUACCCUGGUAAGAUUCCUGCAACGGGUUCCACCACAGUUCCAUAUAGGCUUACGCUCGAGGCGGAUGAGCUAGCUUCCAAUUUAAGUUUUAUCACUGAUGUAAUAGGGGGCCAACUCGUUAUGCAAGCAAAUACCAGAAUUCCGGGCAGGAUUAACUUCUUAGGGAUUUACAAAAAACACGUCGUCGUUGUAUCUGAAUGCCAACUGCGGAUCGCUGUUCUAGCCAUGAACAUCACGGAUAAAGCUUGCAAGGACAAGACUAACUGACUAAGUUGUGAACGUGCGUAUGAAGCACUCUAUAGGCAAAAUCCAUAUUUAUCACCCUCAAAAGGUUUGAGUCCUUGCAUCUGUGGGAGUGGGAGGGUGCUUUCUUCGGUUAAGGUACGCUGUGUCAACUUUGGACUUCAGACUUUGAAGGCCAUUGCAUCAUAAAAAGAAGACUCAAACGACCUGCAUCUAUAGUCGGUGAAAUAAACUACUUGUCGGGUCCAUAUACUUGUAGUAGGUACUGAGAUGUAAGUUGUCAUACUUGGCAAACAGUGUAGAAAAGCAAUAUUCUUAGAUUUUGUUACCACAUCUUUUCUUGUGGCCACUUUUUGAAUAUGGAAUGUUCGAACCAAAGCUCGGACAAAUCCACCCGUGCACUUACAAUUUCCGUUUUAAGCCUUUUUAUGAUAUUUUGGUUGCAAAAUAGAACUUCAACCACCAUUGUUGUGGACCUGUUGUUUGAAGCAGACAGAGAAGCUUGUUUUUUAUUGGUAAAUUAUGGUAGAAACUAGAGAGAGAUCCAUGAGUAUAGGGAAAAGUAAAUUUUAAGUACUAAAAAUAGUAGUAAAAGUAGAAUCUCAAUGCAUAUGAAAUCGAGAGUUAUUAAGUAAAAGUAAAACCCACAUUCACCGGAAAAACUGCCAACAACGCCAUCAGAUUUAUAAGCCCUUUUUCGGCACUCUACAGUUUACAAAUUAAAACCACCCCCUUCCCGUCACAAGACAACUACUCAAAUUCCUGCACAUAUACUAUCAUUUUAAUUUUCUCUCUACCCACCCAAGGGUGGAAAAUCAGGGAGCUUUGGUACCUGCCACUGCUGGAGAAUUUUAUGUUAUGUGUUAUGACCGAGAUAAUGUGCUUGAUAAAUUGCUAUUUGAAUUAGAAGUAUUUAAAUUUAGGCUUAGUGAUAAAUCUUUAUCUAACUAAGAUAGUAGUAG